AUGGGCAACAAGCAGACAACCUUCACCGAUGAGCAGCUGGAGGCGUAUCAGGACUGCACCUUCUUCACCAGGAAAGAAGUCCUGCGGUUACAUGGCAGGUACCGCGAGCUGGCUCCACAUUUAGUGCCGCUGGACUACACCAACAACCCCGACAUCAAAGUUCCUCUGGCGCUCAUCGUUACCAUGCCUGAACUGAAGGUACAGGCUGAUAACGAGUCCUCGUCGUUGUUGUGUGUGCUUGUCUAACAGGAGAACCCAUUCAGAGACAGAAUCGUGGAGACGUUCUCAGAGGACGGACGGGGGAACCUCAGCUUCAAUGACUUCGUCGACAUGUUUUCUGCACUCUGUGAAACUUCACCCAGAGAGCUCAAGACCAUAUACGCCUUCAAGAUAUACGACUUUAACAGGGACAACUUCAUCUGUAAGGAGGACCUGAAGAAGACUCUGAACAAACUGACCAAAGGAGAGCUGACACCAGAAGAGGUCACUCUGGUAUGCGAUAAAGCCAUCGAGGAGGCCGACCUCGACGGAGACAGCAAGCUGUCCUUUGCAGACUUCGAGAACAUGGUCUCAAAAGCUCCUGACUUCCUGAGUAACUUCCACAUACGAAUAUGA